AUGGAUUUCAAUUCUCCUUUUACUCUGCUGUGCUUGCUGGUGAUGAUAACUGUUACUCAAGGCUCUGCCAUCUGGACUGGUGCGCUCAGCGGCGACUCUGCAGUCUUUUCUUUGGAAAUCCAAAGCCUGCAGAACUUCUCCAGCAUGAGCAGGGAGGAUAAGAAAUGCUCUACAACUGUCCUAAAUGAUACUUUGUUGGCCAAGUGUGGCACUUCUGCCAGUAGAUGGUUGAACUUAGAGAAUGGCUCCCUAGUGCUGAGGAGUGUGGAGAAAGAAGAUGAAGGAAAAUACGGAUUUGUUUUUCAGAACAGCACCAGAUAUUUUACACUGAAAGUAGUUGAGCCGACCAUUGGCAUCCAGUGCUUCCCUGAUGGGACUGCAGAGCUGUCCUGCAACGUGGCCAGCAGCGAGGUCCUGCUCUUUCGGUGGCUGCUGAACGGCACCCACCUGAAAGCCGAGGGGGCUUGCAUUAAGGAUGCUGGGAAGAAGGUCCACCUGGACAAAACUGAGCCUGGGGAGUUUGUUUGUGAAGUGUUGAAGGGGAGCAGUGUCACAAGGACCAGGCCUAUUAUGCUGUCGUGCAGCUAUGACCUGCUGCAGUACCCGGGGUUCAUUUACAUCCUGGCGGGGUGUGCGGCCGGCGUGCUUAUCCUGCUGCUGGCUUUGCCUGCAGCCAUAUGCUGCUGCAUGAGGAGGAGACACAAGUUCAUCCCAGUGCCUUCAGAGGAGGAGAAGGAUGAUGGAUUAACCAUGUCAGUGGUGUCUGGGGAAGGCACGAAGAGCCCCCCCAACGGAGACCGUGUCGAGGCUCAGGCUGCCCCAAGCGAGCGUCCUCCGAAGCCUGGCGCUGCCCAGGUUGGUCAAGGUGCUGAGCCCCAGCCACUGUCAGAAGAAAACUUAGCAGUGCAGAUAGAAGCUGAGGAGAUGCCAGCUCCUGAGGUCCUGGUUGAUAUGGAAAGCCAGGAGGAUGCCUCAGACUGUUUCCCUGAUCCAACUGAUGACUGAUCUGACAUGCUUGCUGUUCCACCCUGAAACCUGUGACUCUUGUCCUUUGCAUCCCAUAGUCUCACUGUGUCUGGAAAAUUUUAGCAGGGGAAAGAUGAUGUGGGGUGUCAGACCUUCUGACCUCAUCUAAAAAGAUAAAAGCAAAUAUAGAGAAAAGCACACACCUGGCUCCAAGGCUGCACUGCAGUGGCCUGACAGGUUCUUUGAUGCUUUUCCUGAUAACAGAGCUGCAGGUAAAGCAAGGAGCCCCAGGGACAGCCUGGGAUGAGAUGGGCAGCUCCUCCUGCUCCCUGCCCACCCCAUGCCAGGGGCAGGCACUACAGGCAGCUUGAGGUGGCCUGCCAGACCCAGGCAGAA